GUCACAUGCAAUACGUCACUAGCGCAUCGCACCUCACGUCCUGAAUCUCACGGGUGCUUGCUCGUUUUGUGACACAAUAAGACGCCAUUAAAGCAUGUCUACUCCAGCAAGACGGCGACUCAUGAGAGAUUUUAAGAGACUUCAAGAAGACCCUCCAACCGGCGUGAGCGGUGCACCUUCAGAAAAUAACAUCAUGCUGUGGAACGCUGUGAUUUUUGGGCCUGUAGGAACUCCAUUUGAAGAUGGAACUUUUAAGCUAGUUAUUGAAUUUUCAGAAGAAUAUCCCAACAAACCUCCUACAGUUCGCUUCAUCUCCAAAAUGUUUCACCCAAACGUGUAUGCAGAUGGCAGUAUUUGUUUAGACAUUCUGCAGAAUCGCUGGAGUCCCACAUAUGACGUUUCCUCCAUACUGACGUCCAUACAGUCUCUUUUGGACGAGCCAAACCCGAACAGCCCAGCAAACAGUCAGGCCGCACAGCUCUAUCAGGAGAACAAACGCGAGUACGAGAAGAGAGUGUCUGCUAUCGUAGAGCAGAGCUGGGUCGACUCGUAAUGUCACAUCAGCAAACAUAUCUAAGUGCCACCCGUUAAGACAACACUCAAUUCAUAUGAAUAAAACCAACAAUAUUUG